AUGAAGUCUUACACUCCGUAUUUCGUGCUCCUGUGGAGUGCGGUUGGGAUAGCGAAGGCUGCCAAAAUCAUCAUCGUGCCGCCAAUUAUGUUUGAAAGCCAUAUGUACAUUUUCAAGACACUAGCCUCAGCCUUGCACGAGAGAGGCCACCGUACAGUGUUUCUUCUCUCUGAAGGCAGAGACAUCGCGCCAUCUAAUCAUUACAGCCUCCAGCGCUACCCAGGGAUUUUUAACAGUACCACCUCGGAUGCUUUCCUGCAGUCCAAAAUGCGGAAUAUUUUCUCUGGGAGAUUGACAGCAAUCGAACUGUUUGACAUACUGGAUCACUAUACUAAGAACUGUGAUAUGGUGGUUGGCAACCAUGCCCUGAUUCAGGGUCUAAAAAAGGAAAAGUUUGACCUGCUGCUGGUGGACCCUAAUGACAUGUGUGGAUUUGUGAUAGCGCAUCUUUUAGGGGUUAAAUAUGCUGUAUUUUCAACUGGCCUCUGGUAUCCUGCUGAAGUGGGUGCUCCUGCCCCAUUAGCUUACGUCCCGGAGUUUAACUCACUCCUCACAGACCACAUGAACUUGCUGCAAAGGAUGAAAAAUACCGGCGUUUACCUCAUUUCCAGAUUAGGGGUCAGCUUUCUGGUUCUUCCCAAGUAUGAAAGGAUAAUGCAGAAGUACAACCUGCUGCCGGAGAAGUCCAUGUAUGACUUGGUCCAUGGGUCCAGUCUGUGGAUGCUGUGUACAGAUGUAGCACUGGAGUUCCCGAGACCCACUCUGCCUAAUGUUGUGUAUGUAGGAGGAAUCCUAACCAAACCGGCCAGCCCACUACCAGAAGAUCUCCAAAUGUGGGUAAAUGGUGCUAAUGAACAUGGCUUUGUCCUGGUGUCUUUCGGAGCUGGUGUCAAGUAUCUUUCAGAAGACAUUGCUAACAAACUGGCUGGAGCUCUGGGGAGAUUGCCCCAAAAAGUGAUUUGGAGGUUUUCUGGAACCAAACCAAAGAAUCUAGGAAACAACACUAAGCUCAUAGAAUGGUUACCACAAAAUGACUUGCUUGGGCAUUCCAAUAUUAAAGCCUUCCUGAGCCAUGGUGGUUUGAAUAGUAUUUUUGAAACUAUGUAUCAUGGUGUACCUGUAGUGGGAAUCCCACUCUUUGGAGACCACUAUGAUACUAUGACCCGGGUCCAGGCAAAAGGCAUGGGGAUAUUGCUAGAAUGGAAGACAGUUACUGAAGGAGAGCUAUAUGAAGCACUGGUGAAAGUUAUCAAUAAUCCCAGCUACCGUCAGAGGGCCCAGAAGCUUUCAGAAAUCCACAAGGAUCAACCUGGUCACCCUGUCAAUCGGACUGUCUAUUGGAUAGAUUACAUUCUUCGUCACAAUGGAGCCCAUCACCUACGUGCCGCUGUCCAUCAAAUCUCUUUCUGUCAGUAUUUUUUACUGGAUAUUGCCUUUGUGCUUUUGCUUGGUGCUGCCUUGUUCUAUUUCUUCUUGUCCUGGGUGACAAAAUUUAUUUACAGAAAAAUCAAAAGUUUGUGGUCUAGAAAUAAGCAUAGCACAGUUAAUGGACAUUACCAUAAUGGAAUCCUCAAUGGCAAGUACAAAAGAAAUGGCCAUAUUAAACAUGAAAAGAAGGUGAAAUGA